AUGUUUUGUUUUUCAAUCGAGCUUGUUUUGCUUUUUUACUCUUUUUUUUGGAGUGAAUGGGAUCGUAUUGAACGCGAGAGGCGAGCUUAUGAGGAAGCCGAAUUGGAAAAACGACGGGAAUUGGAACGAAUAGAACGUGAAAGGCUCGAAAGAGAACGUUUAGAAGCUGAACGUUUGGAACGUGAAAGAUUGGAAAGGCAAAAAUUAGAAUUGGAAAGAAUUGAAAAACAACGAUUGGAACAGGAAAGGAUAGAAAGGGAACGGUUGGAAAUUGAACGGCUUGAGAUUGAACGUAUAGAACGAAUAAAACGUGAAAAACGUGAGCAAGAUGAAAGAGAAAAAGAGCGGCAAAGACAAGAAGCUGCCAGAUUACAAAAAGUACGAGAAGAGUUGGAAAAAGCUGAACGUGAACGUUUAGAAUUGGAAAGACAAGCUAGGGAAUUAUAUGAACGUGAACAACGUGAAGAAGCUGAAAGGCAAAGAGAACGGGAAAGGGAAGCACAAAAAGAAGCUCAGAGAAGGGAAGAGGAAAGAUUGGCACGUGAACGGCUUGAACGUGCUGAGAGGGAAGCUAUGGAAAGGGAAAUUGCUCGAAGGGCUAGGGAACGUGCUGAACAGGAAAGACUGGAAAUGUUGAGGAAGGAAAAGGAGAGGAUUGAGCAAGAACAAAUGGAAGCUGAAAAAAGGGAGAGGGAACGAUUGGAACAAGAAAGGAGAGAAAGGGAAAUGAUUGAAGCCGCAAUACUUGCUCGUGAACGUAGAGACCAAGAACGUCGAGAAGAGAGAGAUAGGGAACGCCAACGCCAAGAGGAGGAACGACUUGAACAAGAGCGGAGACAACGUGAACGUGUAGAGGCUCAACAGCGUGAAAGAGAAAGGCAAAUGCAGGAGCAACAAGAACGCGAUCGGCUAGCACAAUUAGAAGCCCAAGCAGCUGAACGGCGAGCACAUCGAGCCCUAGAGGAGCGUCAACAACGUGAACGUUUAGAAAUUGAACGACGAGCAGAAGAAUUGAAAGAGUUUGAGAGAUUAGAACAAGAAAAGAGGGAACGUGAAAGGGCAGCAGAAGAAUUAAGACUUGCAGAAUUACGAGAUCAAGAACAAAGAAUGGCAAUUGAACGGGAAAGGGAAAGACGAGAAGCUCAAGAGCGUGAAGAGAGGAGACAGAGAGAAGGAUGGCGUAGCCGGGAGAUGCUUGAACAACUUGCACGUGAGAGGGAUGAGAAGGCUGCUUGGGAAGCGGAGAGAAGACGAUUAUUGGAGGAACAUGAAAUACAAGAACGUAAACGACAGGGACUAACAUCCAAAGAAACUUUGGAGAGAUUGACACGUAAACCUUACUAUUCACGUGAAAAUUUGGCUGAUUAUCCUGAUUUGACUACUAAGGUUGAACGCCAAGUCAUUGAACGUGUUGAUCGAACUCUUUGGACAGACACGACAGAUACACGUCCAGCUUCCCAUAAUGGACUAACCCCUCUCUAUUAUGGCGGUCCAGGCAGCAAUGGAAUGCCUCCACCUCUUUAUGGGGGAGAUUUGGGUGGCCAACAACUUCCUCCUACAGAGGGGGAAGAAUAUACGGGUGGUGGAGGAAGGGAGCCUUCUCGUUUAUAUCAAUCUAGAGCAGAUGAACAAGAUUGGCUAAGACGUGGGGCAUCUAGUAGAACGAGUAAAUAUAGGCAAAGAAUGGAAAGGGCGAGGAAAGAAUUUAUUACUGGGACACCAAGUGAAUAUCCUCCUUCAAGUUAUGACCCAUUGCUAGACCGUUAUCGAAAAUCUACUGAAGAUUUACUUUAUGGCCGUCGACCCCCUUCAGAAUAUCGAGGUCCUUUACUUCAACGUUUCAACAGCGGAGAGUUUUCCCAUCCUCCUGAACCAACUAUUGGACUUGCAAGUGGAUUGGGUCGGAGUCCUUAUGAGCAGGAGGAUUUUCAUCGUUCAAAGUCUGUAUUAGACUCCUACAGUCCUACCUCUCGAGAGCGUCUAAGCCGAAGGGAAUAUACCGAACAGGAAUCAACACAUACACGAAGCAAAUCUGCCGAUUAUUUGAUGGAUCCGAGACGUCCAAGAGAAGAACCAACCAUCCCCGAAAAUGAUUUACAAAAAGGAUUACUCGGCGAACACGAAUUACGUUUCCGAAAAUCAACAGAAAGAAUGCAAGUACCUGAUUGGUAUAGAGAUUAUUAUAGACAACAACAACCUCCUAUAGGAGGUUAUGGUCCACCAUCGGCUACUACAAGUGGAGUGUUUUCUGCUGGGACAGCACCGACUGUUUCUACUGGGUACCCCUAUACUCGCCAAGAACCACCUCCUCCCAUUUCUUCUCUAUACGGAAAAGAAACUUCACGUCCAUGGCAAUAUACUCAACAACCCCCUCCAACAACUAUUUAUGGUUCUCCCCCUCUCGGAGGAAUUUCUUUCCCCGCAGGGAUGUUUGAUAAAUAUAAAGAAGAAAUUGAAGAUUUGAGACGUUCUAGAGGCUCUUUACAUCAAUUGGGUUUGGGUGGGGAAAGAGGUGGAGGAGGAACUGCAACACAUCCACAGGAACAUACAAAGGUCUGCGUGCUUUGAAUUCAAAAAAAAAUUUUUUUCCUGGAAAAAUUUUUGUUUGUGUUUAUUUUUGUUUUUCUGUGUGUUUUGAUGUGAAAAACGAGCCGAGUGAGGGAAAAGUGAAAAUUCCUAAAAGGUUUUUAUUGAAGAAAAAAUUUUUUUGGGUUAGCUAUAGCAGGUCAUCCCUUGGGGUUAUAGACAUUGUUGAAGAAUUUAAUAAAGCGGGGAAACCACGUGGUUUUUAAUGCCAUUUUACAAUUAAUUUAACCUAACAAUGGUUAACUAAUUUGGUCAACCAACACUUUCAGUUAACCAUAACAUAUGUAUAUAUCCGAAAAUUUCCUCCAAAGUUUGCCUUGUUUUUAAUGCUUUUUGGCUUUUUCUUUGUUUAAUUUUUAGAAAUUUUUUUUUCUAUUCUGCACAUUUUUUUGUUUUUUUUCUUUCCUUUUUCACACCCACUCG